CUGAGUGGUGCUGUGGGAUGGCAAUGAUGUGUGGAACAUAAGAAGAAAAAAGAUGUCUCUGCAGGCUCCUCAGAGGCAUGAGAGGCCUGGUUGGCCCAGAGAAGAGUUGAGCUGCCUCCUGGUUGGUGAUGCAGCUGUGGGGAAGACGAGCAUGAUCAUCAGCUACAUCUUCAACGGCUACAACGGCGAAUACAGGCAGACGGCUUUUGACGUGUUUACUGGUUUGGUUUAUGUGAAUGGAGUGCAAACACGACUUCAACUAAUAGAUACAGUUGGACAGGAAGGUUUUGGCCAUCUUCGCUCUCUAUGCUAUGCCCACAUGGACGUCUUCGUCCUGUGUUUCAGCCUCGUCAAUCCUGUCUCUUUCGACAACAUCGCAUCCAAGUGGAUUCCGCAGAUCCGUGUUCGGAACCCCACUUCUCCCAUCGUCCUGAUGACCUUUGCCAUGACGCCGACAUCCUCGUUCAUCUGGCCCGGCGGCGUGCUAAAAGGCCAAGAGGCUGGUAAUAUACUGUGA